ACGCGCCACCACCACGUGUGUCAGUGGCCUCAAAACCCUUGAGUCCAUUGCCUUCGCAGUUCCCAGUCUCACUCUGUGAUAGGCUGAUAGCUUCCUGCCUUUUCUUCGACUACAAAGAUUUGAUAAAAUGAUUGGUAGGGGAGGAAGAGAUAGAUUCCGAAGGGAGUACUCGCCAAGGUUUGAGGAGAAGGGUCAUCAAGGGCGGAGCAACCCUCCAUCCCGACACCUAUGGGUUGGGAAUUUGUCUCAUCACCUAAAUGAGUCUGCUUUAUCAGAGCAGUUUUUGCGGUUUGGAGAACUUGAUAGCAUUGCUUUCCAACCUGGUCGUAGUUAUGCUUUUGUUAACUUUAGGAGAGAUGAAGAUGCAAUUGUUGCAAUGAAAACACUUCAAGGGGUUCUUGUUGCAGGAAUGCCACUUAAAAUUGAGUUUGCCAAGGCGGAAAGACCAUUAACAUCAUUACAUGAAGACAACCUGCAACGGCGAGAUGACCAGCGCUCUGCUGAAUGUGGAACUCCACUUUUUCAGAGGGAUUCAAGAACACGUCGUCAUAGUCCUGAACCAUUUUAUCCUGACAAGUCUAGAAUGGGGGAUAAGAAUGCAGAACCAAGUGAGGUGUUGUGGAUAGGGUUUCCAGCUUUCUUGAAUGUGGAUGAAAUGGUUCUACGAAAAGCCUUUUUGCCAUUUGGUGAGAUUGAAAAGAUUACUGCAUUUCCGGGUCGUAGCUAUGCAUUUGUGCAAUUUAGGAGUUUAGCAGCAGCUUGCAGGGCAAAAGAAGCUCUUCAGGGGAAACUAUUUAAUAAUCCCCGUGUAAACAUAUGCUUUGCAAAGAGUGACAUUGGUCAGCCUGAGCAUGGGAGGAACUCAAUAAAUGCUCCUUCUUCUCCUCGUUUCAGAUCAAGUGGUCAUUCUGGGCGAUCCAUUGAGAAUUAUCCUCAAGAUAGGAACUUUGGUAGUUCAACAGGAGAUGCACAAAAAGUAUCUUCUUGUUUCAUGUCUAAUUCAGAGUCUGGAGAUUCCAGUUUCAUUGGCUUUGGUAGGAAUGGUUCCUUUCAUUCUGGUGGAAGUCCCUGUGAGCAGAUGAGGGUGCAAAGAACAGGGUCUGAUCUAGGAGUGCCAGAAGAGAUAUAUGGACGACGCAGAAGUAGUCCUGCAAGAGACAGGAUUGCUCAUAGACGUGAUUUUUCUCCAGAAAGACUUCCUCAAAAAAGUCGACUUUAUGAAGGCCGCUGGGACUUCCCAGAAGAUGCUUGCCUCUUCCCAGAAGCAAAGAAACUAAAGACAGGGUCGUUUCCUCUGGAUAAAGAGCUUCCAGAGUAUCCUUUCUCUGAUAUAGAACAAGAUAAGCCACUUGGUUUGCCAAGGGCAUUCUCAGACUUUCCUGAACGUGAGGCCUAUGAUAAAAACUUUGAACUCGGUACUUUUGGUUACAAACAUAUCCCUGAUCGCUCAAUGAACUCAAUGCGUCCUCAUGGGGAAAGAAGUGACCAUUUGAAUGCCUCUUAUAAUGGUUCUGAUGCAGGUUCAGGACCUUCUGGUUCUUUCCCUAAUCCUGUUAAAUGGCAAAAAUUUAAUUCUGAUUUACAUCAGUCUCCAUUUACUGAAGAGUGGAAAUGGGAAGGGACAAUAGCAAAGGGGGGAACUCCAGUCUGUCGUGCUCGCUGCUUUCCAGUGGGAAAAGUCCUUGACAUGAUGUUGCCUGAGUUUUUAAACUGCACAGCAAGGACAGGUCUUGAUAUGCUUGCAAAGCAUUUCCGUCAAGCUGCUAGUACAUGGGUGGUCUUCUUUGUUCCAGAAGCUGACUCUGACAUUGCACUGUACAAUGAAUUCAUGCAUUAUUUGGGGGAAAAGCAGCGAGUAGCAGUUGCUAAAUUGGGUGAGAAGACCACCUUGUUUCUUGUACCACCAUCUGAUUUUUCUGAAAAGGUUCUGAAAGUGCCAGGGAAAAUGAGCAUCUCUGGUGUCAUCUUAAGAUUCCAGCACCCCAGUUCUAAUUUCAGGUCCUUCCAUCAUCCACUUGAAGCAAUAGAUUCCAAGCUUCCAACCUUUCACGAGGAUAUGCUAUACCCAAGGUCAGUUUCACCUGAGAUCAGGUCCUCUGCCCAUGGUCAAAGUCAAGCCUAUUUCAAUGCUUCCUCGGAACCUAUCCAAUCUGUAACUUACUCUAGAUUGAGGAAAGCUGGUGUUGAAGAUCUUCCUUAUUUGGGGGAUAUGCCUGGAUCGUCUUUAGCUUCAUCUUCCGGGCCAGUUCAUUCAGUUGAGAAACUACCUGAUGUUCUUAGUGAGAGUAAUGAGAAUAGGUACGAGCAACUGCUUCAGAUUAGGAACCCUAUGUUUCCAUCUAACUGGUCUACCCAAGAUUUACGAAACUCAAAACCUGCUACUGGAAAUGUACUUUCUCAUUUACCCAAUAAUACUUCCAUCCAUCCUGCUGAUUCUUCUGUCACCCAGGAAUAUCAUUCCUCAAAACCUAGGGUUGUGCAAGAAACAAGGUCGAGUCAUUAUACACCUGGAAUUUCAAGUAUUCCUUUAUCUGGCAGCAGUACAUUCACUCAACAGGAAAGCAAAUCUCAGGUGUCUCUGCCAUUACCAGUUUCAUCACUACAACCCGAACAUCUUGCUCACUUGGCAUCUCUUCUUGGACAAAAACAACCAUCAGGGAGUGAACCCUCUUUUUCACCAGGAGAAGAUUUUAAACAGACAAGCCUAGUAAAUCAGACUGAACAUACAUUCCGAUCAUCACAGGUGUCCACUUCACAGAAUCAUGCAUCUUCUUCCAACACUUCAAUUUCACAGUUUGGUCAAGGGCAGUUGCUACACCAGACAUGCAAUGUUCCUGAAUCCUUGGGUAAUCCACCAUUGCAGAAUAGUGGCGUUCAAGAAGAGAUUGAUACUGAUCCACAGAAACGUCUCCAGGCAACUUUGCAACUGGCUGCAACUCUUCUUCAGCAGAUCCAGCAACAAGCAAAGACUGCUGACCAUCGCUAGUUGUAUUUAUGAAAUUAUCCUGUAUGUGUGUGUGUGUGGAGGGGGGGGGGGGUCCUUGGGGAACAGCAGGAUCUCUUUCAAAACUUCGACUGCUCCCCAUCUCUCUUGGUUUAAUUCUCUUGUGAUUUCUUUCUUGUAUUUACCCGUGAUUGUUUUUUAUACUAAUGCAUGGGUAAAUACUAAAUCUGUGCCGAGUCUCAAACUGGAGACCAUGUUUGAGGCAUGAGACUUGGGACAGGUAUUCAGAAGACAAAUUUAUUUUCCAUGAGGCUUAGGACAGGUAUUUAAUGCAUUGCCUUGGACAUUUUUAGGUGGA